GGUAGUGUCCAGUGCUGUGACGGGAUCGGUUUACCGUACGAGUGUGUUCGUGCUGGACAAAGUGUCCGCUGCCCCGACAAUACUGAUCAAAACACGCCCCCUGAUUAUCAAGAAAGAUAGCGUUUCGCUCCCUAUAUUUACUUAAAAUUGAGUAAACUUUAUGACUGGAGUGGAAUUUAACUUUAUUCCUGUUCGGUCGCUCGGAGGUCCCCACAGGCUCGGAGAAUAGUCAUGACUAUCGCCAGUAGUAGGUGAAUCGGUAACUAGCAGCGGCGCGACCCCGUCUAGUGAUAGUGGGCGUGCGACUACGAGGAGCGACGACCUGUCCUCCCAUGGAGUUCGGGUGACUGACGUACGGAGUGACCCGCGGGAGUUAUGCCCCCAUGGACGAGUUGGAGGAACUUUUGGGGGGCGAAUCCGGGAGUUGGGGGGCAGUUAGGGGCGAAGAUGUGACAAGCACGACUCCCCCGCCUGCUCCAAACUCCCCGGGACAUCAGCACGCCAACAACAGCAUUAGAGCUCAAAUUGAAAUAAUCCCUUGCAAAGUCUGUGGGGACAAGAGCAGUGGGGUGCACUAUGGGGUGAUUACUUGUGAGGGCUGCAAAGGGUUCUUCCGACGCAGUCAAUCUUCUGUUGUGAACUAUCAGUGUCCGAGGAACAAGAACUGUAUAGUGGACAGGGUCAAUCGCAACAGGUGUCAAUAUUGCAGGCUACAAAAAUGUCUGCGAUUGGGCAUGUCCAGAGACGCUGUCAAGUUUGGGCGGAUGUCAAAGAAGCAACGUGAGAAGGUCGAGGAUGAGGUUCGAUAUCACAGGGCGGCACAACAACGUGCGCAGCAGGUUGAGAUUCCCGACACUACAGGGAUAACCAGCUACGGAGAUGGACAGCAAACGCCUUCAUCUACAGACAACCUCCACCUCUUCCCCAGCGCUGGGUAUGCUGGAGGGGGAGGAGUCUACAGCCCCGGCACGUACGGGAUCUACGAGGGACACGGAGGUGGUCAGAUACAAUAUCAAGACAUCAGUACCGACCCUUGUGGAGUGGACAGUACGACGUACUACCCUGAUACGAUGCACACCGUAGAUACGUCCAGCAUAAUGGGCACGACCAUCCCCACAGGUGGUGGUAAAUGUGUGACGACGGGGCCGGGGCACAUGGCACCGCGGGGGGCUGUAGGGACAGUCAAACUGGAAGCAGAGUCGGGACAAGGUGAACCCGCUUCCCCGCUCGUCACCUUUGUAGAUAGCACCACAUCUCGUCAGAUGGAAGAAUCGUCUUUACCUCAUCCUGCACAGAUUACAGAGUUACUAAGCAAGACUAUAGCAGAUGCUCACGCCAGAACAUGUCUCUACUCAAUAGAACACAUUCACACUAUGUUCCGUAAGCCUCAAGACCUCUCCAAAGUAAUGUACUACAAAGAUAUGUCACAUGAACAACUGUGGUUGGAGUGUGCACAAAAACUGACGACAGUCAUACAGCAAAUCAUUGAGUUUGCUAAGAUGGUUCCUGGUUUCAUGAAACUAACACAAGACGAUCAAAUCGUUCUUUUGAAAGCAGGGAGCUUUGAAUUAGCGAUUCUCAGAAUGAGUCGUUACUACGAACUUAGCCAAAACUGUGUGCUGUACACGGACACGCUGCUGCCACAAGAGGCGUUCUACACCAACGAUCCCAACGAGCAGAAACUUGUGGCUCUGGCGUUUGAAGUUGCGAGGGGAGUGGCCGAGCUGAAGCUGACUGAGACAGAACUUGCCUUGUAUUCUGCGUGUGUUCUGCUCUCACCAGAUCGGCCGGGUCUAAAAGGCCUGGGUGAAAUAGCAAGACUGGGUCAGGCCUGUUUACGAGCUUUACGGAUGGAACUUGAGCGCAACCAUACGAUGCCCAUCAAAGGGGACGUUACUGUGUGUGAUUCUCUUCUCAACAAAAUACCUACGCUUAGAGAACUCAGUAUGUUACAUAUGGAAGCGCUUGCAAAAUUCAAAAGAUCGACGCCUCAUCUGGAAUUCCCAGCACUGCACAAAGAACUCUUCUCGGUGGAUAGCUGAGCAACGUGUAUCAUCGAUAGUCAGAUGAUGAGCAGCAUGCUUAGCAGUCAUUCCCAACUGAUCCUGCAAGCACUGGACUGUGUUUAUCAACAGCAUUAGAUGUGUGUUAAUAGACUGGACGACAGAAAAUGUUAUUCAAUGACUUAAAAAGCAGUGCAACGAGUGUUUUUAAACACCAUGACAACGCUAAAAUUAAGUUUUUUAUAUUAGCUAUAAUUUAAUCGUUAUUCUUAUUGUAGUAAUAUUUGAAUGGAUGUCGGGAAUGGGUUCUUACUAACACAUCUUGUUUUAAAAACAAGAGAAACUAGGAAUCACAAACCCUUUAAGGUUAUGUGAUAGCUAAACUAGACAUUUUGUAAAAUAUUAGUAUAUAGUUCUGUUAUAACUAGGGACAGAGCUGAGCUAAUUUUCCUUCCAGUAUAGUUUAUUGAAUGUUGUUAUUUUAUGAUUUUUGCACCGACAAGGCGAGGAGGCAGUUUGGUGAUUUCCGGUGAAUCAAAACUCGCGGGAACGUUCUUCCGAGUGUUCGGUCGCUGGGUGUCUUGUUUUAUAAUUUUGUAAAUAUUACCUUAUUUGAAAAGAAAGUUUAAUGAUUGUUACGAUAUAUUUACCUAUCGAACUUUGUUUGUUGAGAUAUACUAUUGUUGAUAUUUUGGUAUUUAACGGAAACCGAACAAAAGUGUUCUCGCAGUUGUUGUUGGAUACGCGUGUGCGCGUAUGAUAGGUGGGUAUAUUUGGAAAUAUCUGUGAUGUUGUUACAUUUGUUAAACUGGUUCGAAGUAUUACCUCAGCUCAUUAGUGUCUCCCACUACAAACAGUUCAGAUCAUCUAGAAUAGUUUGAUAUCGACACGGAUUUUCAAAAUAAUUAUUCAUUCGAUUUUUUAAAUGAUACUUUUUAAACUCGUUGUGUUUUAAUAAUUAAUGUCGGGUGAGUAAUCGGAGGGGUUUCGCCUCUAAGGCACUUACAUUACUUUUUAUCUACAUCGGCCCAUUGUUUUAACUUUAAAUAUUUUGGUCCUCAGGUCUACUUUUUGAGUUGGUACAUUUAUAUUUUGAGUCAUUGAGACAAAAAUUCUGUUGAAAUUUGUUAUCCUUUUAAGUUUUCUAAUUUUCAUCGAACAUAAAAAAUAUAUCUAAUGUAAACUAGUUAGUAAAUUACUUAAGAGAUAAUUUUUUAAUGGGACGGGUUAGUUGUGUGUGAAUCCGUCUGUAUAAGUGCUUGGCAGAAAUUCUUUUGAUAAUAGUGCCGUAUGAUGUGAUAAAUACUAAACAUAAGAGAACUUUUUUAUUUUUUUAUGUAUAUAUAUCCUUACAAAACAGAGGGACAGUUGGCGUUUCACGAGACCUUGCCUGACUGCCAUUGCUUAGUAGUAAAUACCAGUGGUAUUCUGGUAUGAGUGGGAGCUUGACUUAUACUGUAAUGAUUGAUAAAUGUUCACUUUCACUGUUUAACCUGACCACUGACUGAAUACGAGACUUUUAAGAUGAAAUAUUAUUACAAAAAUAUAUUACCUCGAGGUAAUGAAUAAGUUGCAUUUCCUCACAUAAAUAUAAAAUUUAGUUAGCAAACCUUUAUUAAAUUAGUUUACUUGAUUUUAAAAUAAUUAAAAAUAU